CUCUUUGUUAAUAAUAUGGAGUGUAUGAAUAUGGCAAGUGAUGGUAAUAAGGGUUUGUUAGAAUAUGUUAGGAAAUCAACACCACCGCCGUUUUUGUUGAAGACUUACAUGCUGGUGGAGGAUCCCGCCACCAACCACUUUAUUUCUUGGAACGCCGAUGGCUCGGGGUUCGUCGUGUGGCAGCCGCCAGAGUUUGCUCGUGAUCUCCUUCCAACAAUUUUCAAGCACAGCAACUUCUCCAGCUUUGUCCGCCAGCUUAAUACUUACGGAUUUCGGAAAGUAGCAACCAACCGAUGGGAAUUCUGCAACGAAAUGUUCCGGAAGGGCGAAAGUGAGCUACUCUGCAAAAUCCGAAGAAGAAAAGCAUGGGCCAAUAAGCAACAAAGCGGCGCCUCAAUUCCCGCGCCACCGCCGGCCUCGGAGUGCGUCGAAGAUCAGAGAUCUUCGUCAACCUGUUCUUCGUCGGGAAUGAACAGCCUGGUAGACGAAAACAAGCGUCUUAAGAAGGAAAACGGGUUGUUGAAAUGGGAGCUAACGAGCAUGAAGAGAAAAUGCAAGGAACUUCUCGAUUUGGUGGCUAAUUAUGCGCAGUUCGAGAAAGAAAAAGACGACGACCACCAUAUCCCCAAGCUUUUCGGUGUGAAGUUGGAAGUUGAAGGCGAGAUGGAGAAGAAGAGAAAGAUCAGUGAAAGCGCAAGCGUUUUACUGUCUCAAGCCUGCAAAUAAUUAAC